UUGGUAGAACGUGAUAACAAAUGUUUGCAGUUAGUGUAGUAUUUUAUAGCUUCUGCAUCUAAGAAAAUUGAUAAGACAUUAUUUGGGAUAUACCCACUUGUAAUUUCAGUAUAUAAAGAAGCUGCAUCCAACAAGAAAGGCAUACAGUCCAACAAAAGUAUUCUAAUCAACCACAUACUCUACACACCUUUUAGUAAUUCUUCAAACCAACAAAUAUGAAGCUAACCAUCAGCUGCUGCAUUCUGGCCACAAUCCUCUUCUUCCUGUGCGCCACCAAUACAGACGCCUUUGUUCGCAAGCCAAAGAAACUCAAGCCAGAAUUGGAGGCGAAAUUCGAUGUGCUGACCGCCUGGAUUGCUUAUCGCCUCAACUUGAAGCAUGCCAAGGAAGCUUGUGUAGGCGAAUAUGGCUUUACGGAUCAACUGGCCACCAGUUUGGUCAAAGUACAAGUAGCGAAUCCUAGUGACCGUGAGAAGUGUUACGUCAAUUGUCUCUACACCAAGUUGAUCUUCUACAACAAUAAUCAAAUUAAUACGCAAGCAAUGAAGGAAUCGCUGAGUGAAAUUGUGGGUGAAGAACGUUUAUUGCAGAUCGUUAAUUCGUGUUUGACUGCUGGAGGCGCCAAUGACUGUGAUAAGGUGUAUAAGUUCCAUGCUUGUGCCUCGCCUGAAUUCGAUAAGGUGCGUGGUGACAUCUUCUUGCCGGAUGAAUGAAAUGAAUGAAGACUAGCAAGGAGGUGCCUAGAGAGUAAAGAAGUAUUAAGGCUAAGGAAAUUGUAUUAAGUAGAAGUCGAAUGAAAUUAUUUAAACCAAA